AUGAUCUUCCGGGUAUCGGCAAUUGCAAGAUCGCGUGCUGGUCUUAUUGGCCGCCGCAUGGCUUCUUCCGAGGUUUCCACUCAAGCAAGUGGUAUUCAUUCCUUUGCUUCGGCAUGGUACAACCUUUUCGGAAAGAGUACCGCGCGAUAUGCUACAUUCAUGGCCGUUGGAGUCGUUGGUGUUGAACUUCUCACCAACUCUUUCACUGAUGCCUUGUGGGAGGCCAACAACUCUGGAAAGACUUACUCACAAGUUGACUGGAGCCGAUUCGACCCCCCUGAUGAUGACGAAGAAGAUGACGAUGAUGACGACGAUGAUGACGAUGAUGACGACGAAUAA